AUGAGCACCGGAAGAGAUAUCCUUUGUCAAAAACUUCAAGUCCUGCUGGACCGCCGUCGCGCGGAGGGACGGCUGUACGAGCCAGCCUCGCCGGACGAGUAUGAAGGUACAGUGGACUUUGGAUCAAAUGAUACAUUGUCUCUCUCAGCGUCUGGACUUUUGACCGAGGCUUUUUUGCAUCAACUCGAAAGACAUCCCCACUUCACUAUUGGGGCCAAUUCCACGCGCGUCUUUGAGGGAACAAGGCAAUACAUAGUGGAUAUUGAGCGUGACCUGGCUCAUUUUCACAAUGCUGAGGAAGCUCUCUUCUGUGGAUCCGGUUAUGACGCCAAUACAGCCAUUUGGUCCGCAAUUCCGCAGCCCGGAGAUUUCAUUGUAUUCGACGAGCUAGUGCAUUCUAGCAUACGCGAGGGCAUGAGGCUGGGACGGGCUAAGAGCAUUCCCUUCCGUCACAACGACAGUCUGUCCCUGCGGCAACGCCUAGAAGAGCUCCGGGACCAGAAUGGCGAAGUCGCAGAAGGCAGACGACUUGUGUUUAUUGCAAUCGAGUCUAUCUAUAGCAUGGAUGGAGAUGUGGCUCCUCUUCACGAGAUUGUAAAGGUUGCCUAUGACACUCUACCCCGAGGCAACUAUAUCCUUUCAGUCGAUGAAGCACAUUCCAAUGGCAUCAUUGGACCCCAUGGCUCAGGAGUCGUUUCAUUAUAUGGACUUGAAAAUGAAUUUUCGAUCAGGUUACAUACCUGUGGAAAAGCACUGGCAUCAGCGGGAGCGGUGGUAUUGUGCAAUUCGACAAUAAAAGAGGCGCUAAUCAACUAUGGGCGGAACAUCAUAUUCACAACUGCGCCAUCUUUCACAGCUGUGGCAGCUGUUCGCGCUGCCUAUGAGAUACUGGCCACCCAGGAAGGACACAGGCGCCAAAAUCGUCUGCAAAAGAACAUAUGGUACUUCUACUGGACCUUGACAAAACACCCUCAGUGGGGGGAUAUCAAAGCGCGAAGCAUCCUUUCCUUGCCGACAGAGAAAACCUGGUAUACCAGGCCAUUCAAGUCCCCCGUAGUUCCAAUCAUCACAAAGCCCAAACAAGCUAACAGCUUGUGCAAGAGGUUGCGGCGGGCCGGAUAUUGGGUAAAUGCAGUUGAUCAUCCCACUGUGCCCAAGGGAACAGGUCGAAUACGGCUGAUGAUCCACGCGGACAAUACCCGAGAGGAAAUGGACGGGGUGAUCCUGCUAAUCAUGAAAUGGGCGACUGAACAAUAUCAACCAGUGGAGCCGGCCCAAGUCAUGGCGAAAUUGUGAGGUGGGUGUGCAUGUGGGAG